GAAAAAGAAAAGUCCAAGUAUCGAUAUUCAUCCGAAAUUCAGCAAAUGAUGUUUGUUUUUGGUGAAGUUCCAGAGCCUCUGACGGAAACAAUUCAACUUGUGGAAGACAUUGUUAGAUCACAAGUGAUUGAAAUUAUUAUUCAAGCAGCUGCACAAGCAGCCAAGCGUGGCUCACGAUAUAUGAGUUCAGAAGACCUCAUAUUCUUAAUUCGACAUGAUCGAGCAAAAGUAAAUCGUUUGCGAACAUAUUUGAGUUGGAAAGAUGUGCGUAAAAAUGUAAAAGAUACGGGAAAUGAUGCCGUUGAGGAAACUAUUGAGGAACCAAGCGCAGAUAAAUUAGCAAAAGCUCGCAAAAUGAAGGAUGCAGAUGAAAUUACUAGAGCUAUGACAAGAGAAGAAUAUGUGCAUUAUUCAGAAUGCCGACAGGCAUCUUUUACUUAUAGAAAGGCGAAGCGUUUUCGUGAAUGGGCAAACAUGUCAGCGUACAUUGAUAUGAAACCUAACGAUGAUAUUAUAGACAUUCUAGGAUUUUUGACAUUCGAGAUGGUUAGCACUCUAACAGAGACAGCGCUUCGCGUUAAACGAGAUUUAGACAGAGAUCAGAAAAUGCAUAAUAAAGGGCUUAAAAGACCACGCGAAAAUUAUGACACAGGUGGGAAUGUAUUUCUGUUUUCCUUACCCCCCCCUGAGCAGACAGCAUUGCAACCUUCGCAUAUACAUGAAGCUUUCAGAAGAUUGCAAAUGGUGCCAAAGCCAAUCAAGAAUUUUCGUGGUGGAUUGGCUAGAACAAAG